AUGCCGCUCCUGCUUGCACCCUACAAUGACAGCAUGCGUCUGGGCAUGGGGUUCAACUCGUACACCCAGACACUGUGCAUCGACGGCGCCGUCGAUGCUACAGAUGAGACCAUGAUAACUACGGAGACACUCCAACCGAAAAUCACGUCCUCGUCCAAGCUCUUCGAACGGUUAUCCGAGGUCAUCGACAUGAUGGAUAUUUCACCAGCUGCCACCAUGACGACUGGGAGGAUGGAAGUCCACGGACACAUGAAUGUAUUUAACGAUAUUAAGAUCGACGAUGCUGAUAUUAGUUUGAUGGUAUCAGUGCGGGUGAUGAGUGAAAUCACCAGUCUAAAAGGCUCUGCGAGAUUCCUUCCAAUCGAUGGCAGGGAGGCUGGCUCGCCCAGAUUCAGCGAGACGUUCGGAGACUCCUACAUCUCCGGCUUUAUAACAGGCGGGCUGUUCAUGAACAUCGUCUCUUUCAUCGCCUCUGACCUGGAACACAAGGAUAAGAUGAUUGAAGCAUAA